AUGGAGAAUGCCUCUGGCGCCUCCAUCUCGAGUGCAGGGGCUUCUGAUAGCGAGGAAUCCCCUCGGCUUGCAAUACAAUCUCGAGACGUGUUGGACACGGAAACAAUACGCGACCCUCCGGAAACUACCACCCUGAUCAACCUGUCCGGCGCCCUGGACAAACAAGCCUUACAGAAUGAGGAGCAAGAUGCGACGCAAUCCAAUCCAGGGCAGCAGGGCAAUGCGCCUGCACCCUCAGGCUCGACAAAACCAAGCCUCUUCAACAACCCGCCCAAUCUCGCGCGCAUACGAAAGAUCUUGUUCGAGUGCAAGGACCCGAUAGAAAUCAGCAUGGAUGAGUUCGAGACAUACUGGCCGUUUAUCGACAACGUUUGGGUCAAGCAAAGAUCCAAUGCGAGUAAAGAGGGCCAUUGCACUACAGACUACUACAUGUGUCGUUUACGGCGUCCCACCCACCGCACGUCUGAAACGCGCCCGUUGCCGGCAGGGAAGCGCCCUCGAAAGAAGCGCGUGCGGGAGGGGGGCAUUUGCAAUUUUCAAAUCAAGAUUGUUCGAUUCGAAGGUGCAUACUCGGCUGUCACUAUCGCUCGGACACCGGGAAGCUGCAGCCUUCAUUCACAUGAUCUCGACUAUAUCGACCGGGUCAAACGAAACUCAGGACUUAUGGAAUAUGCGCGGAAAGAAUCCGUCAAGGGAUACCUCCCUUCGUCCAUUUAUACCAAAUUCCAGGAAGAGCCGGAUAAGCUAGGGGAGGCUGGCGGACGUUUCUUCACCGUGACUGAUGUCCGCAACGUCUCUGCCAAAUGGCGGAUUCAAAAUCCAGAGGUGAACUUGGUGGCGCAUGAAGGUUACGAAUACCAAAAGGGACAUGGGAUUGUCAAGAGUCAAAGCACUGACGGUGUUAACGAAGUACCUUCAACGAAACCAACGUCCUCUGCUUCCCUUUCUUUGCCGCCCGACACCCUCUUCUUCCCUCAGUUCUCACUGGACUUCUUACAACCAUAUCUCCCCAAUCACUCCGAGCGUCGGGAAUUCCCGCAUGUCACUUUAUCAUAUGCAUCAUCGAUGGAUUCCAAGAUCUCCCUUCAACCUGGGAUGCAAACGGUGUUAUCCGGACCCGAGGCCAAGCUAAUGACGCACUAUCUUCGCUCCCGACACGAUGCCAUCCUCGUUGGGGUGGGAACGGUGCUGGCGGACAACCCUGGCUUGAAUUGCCGCCUCGAGGGAGCUGGUGGAUUUGGCGGGCUGGGAAGAAUGUGGCAACCCAGACCGGUGAUCAUUGAUCCCACGGGACGAUGGCCAGUUCACCCCGAAUGUCGGAUGUUACGCACUGCCGUCGACGGCAAGGGCAAAGCCCCCUGGGUGGUAGUGUCCCCAGGAGCUCAGAUCAACCCCCAGACCCUCAUGAUGCUCAAAGGGUAUGGAGGCGACUUCCUCCGCAUUGUGGAAUAUAAUCAGCACUGGCGCCUGCGUUGGGAGGCGGUGUUCCGGGCUCUGGCGUCCGAGGGUAUCAAGAGCGUCAUGAUCGAGGGCGGCGGGACGGUGUUGAGUGAGCUGUUGAAUCCCGAGUAUACCAGCUUCAUCGACUCCAUCGUUGUGACAGUUGCACCCACAUAUCUGGGGCGUGGCGGCGUGAAUGUCAGUCCAGACUCGAAACAAGACCCGGGGGGCACCCCCAAUGCUGCCUUGAACCCUCGCGAUGUCAAAUGGAUGCCUUUGGGGCAGAAUGUCAUUAUGUGUGGGAAGAUCCGAGAAGACUAG